AUGAUCUGGGGAUUGCUUUGGCUGCUCCUCGGAAACGCUCUCGCCCACUUCAGCUGCCCCAAGAGCUGCUUUUGCAGGCCCUUGCUGACAGACUGCCGCUUCUCCAACCUCUCUGACAUUCCCCAGGGCAUCACCCUAGGAACGGAGACUCUCUUUCUGAACGACAACCACUUAACCCAAGUUCCACCUGGAGCCUUUCAGCCAUACACCAAUCUCACUUUUCUUGGCUUGUCCUACAACCAACUCUCCCUGCAGAAUGAUACCUUCGAUGACAUUGGCAAAAGCAUCCUUUCCCUGGACCUCGAGAGCAACAACUUGACAGAGUUACCACCUGCUUUGUUUCAAAAUACAAAACAACUGGUUUGGCUAAACCUGGCUAAAAACAGACUGAGUGCGCUUCAUGGAAAGAUUUUUGCCUCCUUGGAAAGACUAACUUACUUGGACCUCUCUCAGAAUAGGCUGCAGUUGUCAGUAAAUACGUUUACGGGUCUUUCUCAGCUAGAUACCUUAAUGGUGGCCAGUAAUCAUCUUCACACAGUCCCGGCAGGUGCUUUUGAACCUGUUCCUAACCUGAAGGUCCUUGAUAUUUCCAAUAAUGAAAUAAGCAGUUUGCCAGAUAAUUUGCUUGAAAACUUGACAAAUCUUGAGGACUUGCUCCUUGACAAUAAUAACUUCAAGACAAUUCCACCUUCUGCAUUCACUAUCCUCCCCACCUUAGAGCACUUUUCAAUUUCCGGGAACAGCAUUCAAAAUAUUCCUCCUCUUUCAUUCACUGGCAAUUCUAGCUUAAGGAGGCUUGAUCUGUCAAAUAAUUUAGUGUCUGACCUUCCCUCUCAUUUCUUCUCUUUGUUAAAGCAGCUAGAAUUUCUUAAUCUUUCUGGAAAUAAUAUAGAUACUCUUCCAGGAGACAUAUUUGUAAAUAACACUCAGUUAGCAUUUCUGCAUUUAGACAGAAACCAGUUACACACCAUGCCUAUUUUUUCUGGCCUUCAAAGACUGAGGGAGUUAACACUCUGUUGUAAUGGUAUAGAAAACUUGCCCAGAGCCUUCUCAGACAAAAUGUAUGAAUUAGAACUACUGGAUCUCUCUAACAACAGUAUAACAGAGCCCAAAGGGCUGAAUUCUAAUAUAACUCAAGUAAUUUUGACUGGAAAUCCAGUCUGUACAAACUCAAUGGUUUUCAAAAGCCAUUGUUAAAGGAGCAGACCUAGGCUAGGUAAGGCAAAAUAAAGAGGAUGAGAGUGGCUAUGCUAAUUAGGCAUUUUCUUUUGCUAACAAAAAUAAAAGGAUAUAGUUGUUUGUAUUGUCAACCUGAAUAAAAUGAAACCACCAUUGUAGUUAUAAUAAAGGGUCUUUUGUUUAAAAAAUUGUAAUCUAGUACAUGUAUAACUCAGAUUGAACUGCUUGCUUGCUCCAGGAGA